AUGAGUUUAGUGAACAUAGGGAUUUUCUUUCCUCAAGAUCUCUAUUAUAUUGUUUUCUUGUUGUUGGGCAUGGCUACAUUGGGUGCAAGUAAUUCUAAUCUCUUAAACGUACUUGAUUUCGGAGCUGUUGGAGAUGGAAAAACCGACGAUUCAAAAGCUUUUAUGAAGGCAUGGCAAGGUGUUUGUGGAGCUACAAAUGAAAUUACUCUAGUGGUGCCACAAGGAAAAACAUUUUUACUACAGCCAGUGAAAUUUAUGGGUCCAUGCAAGUCUCCUAAAAUUAACUUCUUGAUUAAAGGGAAUAUAGUAGCACCAAGUAAGAUAUCAGAAUGGAGCACACCAUAUAUGGGUACUUGGAUUGUGUUUGCAUAUGUAAAUGGCAUUUCUGUUUCUGGCAAUGGUCAAAUUGAUGGCAGUGGCUCUGAUUGGUGGGAUUGUGCAGCGAAAAGUGAGUGCACCAGACCUAUGGGAAUGAAAUUCAAUUUCUGCAAGCACAUUGGACUUGAAGGAUUGAAUAUAAUUAACAGUCCAGCUAGGUUUCUGUCCGUAUCUCACAGUGAUGACAUGUUAAUCUCUAAUCUUAAAAUUACUAAUCCUGAAAAUAGCCCUAAUACUGAUGGCAUGGACAUUACUCACUCAACCAACAUCCAUGUUAAAGAUUGCCAAAUUUCCACAGGUGAUGAUUGUAUUGCAAUUCUUGCUGGCUGCUCCAAUAUUGACAUUACUGGAGUUUCAUGCAUUCGAGGUCACGGUAUAAGUAUCGGAAGCAUGGGACACAAUGGAGAUUAUGACACAGUUGAAGAAGUACAGGUUAAAAAUUGUGUUUUCGGAUCGACUUUAAACGGAGCACGUAUUAAAACAUGGCAGGGCGGAUCAGGAUUUGUGAGGAAAGUAUCCUUUGAGAAUAUUACACUGAUGAACACAUCAAAUCCUAUUAAUAUAGACCAAUUUUACUGCCCUCAAGGCAAUUGUCCUAAACAGCAAAAGGCGGUAAAAGUGAGCGAUAUUACAUUUUCGGGAUUUAAAGGAAGUUCGUAUACAGAGACAGCAAUUAAGAUAGAGUGCAGUGAGAGUGUAGGUUGCUCUAAUAUUGUGAUGAAUCAAAUCAAUAUUGGCCCUUCAUCUCGUGGCAAAAACGUUACCUCUGAAUGCAUUAACGCUCAUGGAAAUUUUGGAGCUACAAAUCCUCAAGUUAAUUGUUUUUCCAAAAUUUAG